GAGCCUGCCUCUUCAUUCAGGACAUAAAGCCUCUAUCCGCCUCUUUAACCAGGACACAGAAAGAUUUUGGCAGCAACCAUGGCCACCUUCGUGGAGCUCAGUACCAAAGCCAAGAUGCCCAUUGUGGGUCUGGGCACUUGGAAGUCUACCCCAAACCAAGUCAAGGAAGCUGUGAAGGCGGCCAUUGACUCUGGGUAUCGCCAUAUUGACUGCGCGUAUGCGUAUUGCAAUGAGAAGGAGGUGGGAGAAGCCAUCCAAGAGAAGAUCAAAGAGAAGGCUGUGAGGCGGGAGGACCUCUUCAUCGUCAGCAAGUUGUGGCCCACCUGCUUUGAGAAAAAACUGCUAAAGGAAGCCUUUCAGAAGACACUCACGGAUCUGAAGCUGGACUAUUUGGACCUCUAUCUUAUUCACUGGCCGCAGGGACUUCAGCCAGGAAAGGAGUUAUUCCCCAAAGAUGAUCAAGGCAAUAUCCUUACCAGUAAAACAACGUUCUUGGAAGCCUGGGAGGGUAUGGAGGAACUGGUGGACCAGGGGCUGGUGAAAGCUCUGGGCGUCUCCAACUUCAACCACUUCCAGAUUGAAAGACUCCUGAACAAGCCUGGACUGAAACAUAAGCCAGUGACCAACCAGGUCGAAUGCCACCCUUACCUCACCCAGGAAAAACUGAUCCAGUACUGUCACUCCAAGGGCAUCGCUGUCACGGCCUACAGUCCCCUGGGCUCCCCAGACAGGCCUAGCGCCAAGCCAGAGGACCCUUCACUACUAGAGGACCCCAAAAUUAAAGAGAUUGCCGCCAAGCAUAAGAAAACCUCAGCCCAGGUUCUGAUUCGGUUCCACAUCCAGAGGAAUGUGAUGGUGAUCCCGAAGUCUGUGACGCCAGCGCGUAUACAGGAGAACAUUCAGGUCUUUGACUUCCAGUUGAGUGACGAGGAGAUGGCCACUAUCCUUAGCUUCAACAGAAACUGGAGGGCCUGCCUGCUGCCUGAGACAGUAAACAUGGAAGAAUAUCCCUAUGACGCAGAAUACUGAAGCUGAAUCAGUCCAUGAGGCUUCCUCUCUGAUGAUGCACACCUCACUCCAGGAGUCCUGUUUAAGCCCAGCCUGCCUGACAUCGUGAAGUAGGCAAGGCUGUGUUUAAAUCCCCACGCUGGACCAGGGACAGACUGUUGCAAGCCAAUGUGCCUCGGAGAAGUGAAUGGGUAUCUCUCCUUCACUUAUUUGAUCUGACCAAAUGUUUGUCAAAAAAAACAUCUGGGAACUCUGGUAACAUUUGAGGGUAUAAAGAUAAAACAAUAAAGAAUCGUAACAUUAACAAACAUA